GAACAGGGCUACGACGACGAGAACGGAGAGGGCGUCGGCAACGAGACCUACUUCGGCGACGAGGCGGACGAGGGCGACGGCGAGCUGGACCUCGAGGACGCGGGCGAGGACGACCCGGCGCGGCAGGUUGGCGCCGCGGCGCUCAACUUCGGCACCCUUGACCACGUCCCGGACCGCGGGGCUGAGCUGGGCAGCGAGGCGGCGUCGGAGGGCGCGGGCGCGAAGGAGCUGGCGUUCACGUCGUUCGGCGCAGCCUGCCAUGCGACGCGCGGCGGCGCGGUCGAGCGCGCGCUGGCUGGGCUUCGGGGCGAGACAGCAGGCUGCGCAGCGCUGGUCUGCGUCGCGACCCAGACGCUCGGAUCUACCAGGGCGCCGGGGCAGAUCAUCGAGGAGCAGGGGGCCGCGGGAGCGGGCGCCGACGGCGAGACG